CGUCACUUUCACAUUGUCACCACGGCAGCCUUGCCCUGGUUCACCGGGACGGCCGUCAAUCCGCUCCUACGGGCGGCUUAUCUACACGAGAAAACUCGCCAACUCAAUACACCAGCAAAUCACUCAACGAAUGCCGUUUCCGAAUCUUGGGUAACGCUCGUCAUUCCGUGGCUGGAAUUGGUGGAAGACCAAGAAGAAGUCUACGGACGCGUCUUUCGGGUUCCACAGGAGCAAGAAACAUACAUCCGUGAAUGGUUGCGAUUAGAGGCGGGUCUCCCUGAUGCAGCCUGUCCGCAAAGCGGUUUGCGUAUGCUUUUCUACCCGGCACGCUAUCACUCUGGCUUGGGCAGUGUUUUCGCCAUGGGGGAUAUAAUGGAACACAUGGACCCGGCACGGAUGGACGUGUGCGUACUGGAAGAACCCGAGCACUGUAACUGGUAUCGUGCACCGGGAGAAGGCUGGACGAAGCGAUUCAAUUACGUUGUGGGGAUUGUUCAUACUAACUACAAAGAGUAUGCGAGUGCGCACUACUCGGGACUGUGGACGGCACCCGCGUUGGCGCUCAUGUCAUCCGCUAUGGUACGAGCGUACUGUCACAAAGUCAUCAAACUUUCGGACGCUCUGCAAACAUACGCGCCCGAAAAAGAAGAAACCUCCAAUGUACACGGCGUCCGGGAUGACUUUUUGAAGGAAGGGCGGCGACGGGCCUCUACCUACGCAAACGACACGAUGGCACUGGACGAAGUGCCGUCGGAAACGACAGUCUACUUUAUUGGAAAGCUGUUGUGGACCAAAGGUCUGGAUAUUCUACUCGAACUGGAAGAUGAUUACAAGCAGUACACGGGGCAAUAUUUCUCUAUUGACGUGUACGGAAGUGGUCCCGAUCAAAAGGAUAUCAUGCGUGCCUAUCUAGGCCGACGAAAGAGGAGCACUACAUUUCCAGGCCGCGUGGAUCACGCCAUUCUGACCGAACAGUACAAGGUCUUUGUGAAUCCAUCGGUAUCGGAAGUUCUUUGUACGACAACAGCAGAAGCGUUGGCAAUGGGAAAAUUUGUUAUUAUUCCCGUACAUCCAUCCAAUACUUUCUUUCUGCGCUUUCCAAAUUGCUUAGGCUAUCGCAAUCGUUUCGAGUUUGUCGCCAAUCUCCGUUGGGCGUUGACACACGAGCCCGACCCACUCAGCCCAGAGCUUGCGACCACAUUUUCUUGGGAAGCAGCGACUGAUCGCUUCAUACAGGCAUCGGCUAUUUCG